AUGUCACCAGAUAGCUUGGUUGCAAAGGUAGCCGGAAAAGAUGAAAGCCAAGGCUCCGGCAGCCGGAGAAACGCGGCGCCGAGGCCUCAAGAACCAGCCCUCAAGUGCCCUAGAUGUGAUUCAUCAAACACCAAGUUUUGCUAUUACAACAACUACAAUCUUUCACAGCCAAGGCAUUUUUGCAAGACUUGUAGAAGGUACUGGACUAAAGGCGGUACCUUGAGAAACAUUCCAAUUGGCGGUGGCUGCAGGAAGAGCAAGAAGAUGAAGUCUUGUUCUAGGCUUUCUGGGGAAUCAAAGGCUUCUAGUGGAUCAUCUGAUUUUGGUUCAAAAUUGAAUUUUUUUCAGGGUUUUUCACCAGCCAUGGAUUUUCAGCUUGGAGGGCUAAACUUGCCUAUAAUUAAUCCUCCAAAUACUGGUCUUUUCAACCAGUUUUCAUCAUCUUUUAGAAACCUGCCAAAUUCUUCUGGUGAGAUUGCACCAAACCCUUGUUUUAAUCUUGAAUUUUCAGGGAGUUCACCUCCAAUGGGAUUCAAUUUUCCAUUAUCUUCUGCACUUAAACAAGGAGAAGGGACUUUAGGGAUUCAAGAAAUGGGCUCAUCAUUGAAUAUUCAUAGCAACCUUGCAAAUACUAUUGAGUCCUUGAGUUCAAUGAACCAAAAUCUGCACUGGAAGUUACAACAAGAAAGAUUGGCAAUGCUUGAACCUAAUGAGAUUCAGAAACCCCAACCCAUUUUGUUUCAGAAUCUGGAAAUUUCAAAACCAGAAGCUUGUGGAAUUGGAAGUUCAAGAAAGGAGGGGACUGAGACUCCAAGUGGAAAUUUAUCAACUGAAUGGUUUUUUGACAGCACUUAUGCACCAGGUACAACAACUCCAGCAUCCAAUAUUACUGUUGAUACAAAUGAAAACAAUACCAGCAACUGGAAUGGAAUGUCAUGGACCAAUUUGAAUCAGUACAGUGCACUGCCAUAG